AUGUCGGUGGAUUUGCUGUCGGUGGGCGGUGGAGGGAGAUCGGAUGGAGAAAGAUUGAGUGACUCUUAUGGAACAAUGCAACCAUCUAACGGUGAUCCGAUUGAGAACAUCGCCCAGGGAGUGCCAAUUGAAGAAAAAAUGACAAAGUUUCAGAUGGCCUUGCAAUUUGUGAUGAGGCGUUUCCUCUCUCUUCACGUUCUUUUGGUUCUAUCUUGUGUCAUUUAUAUUCUUCUCGGCGCUUUCAUCUUUCAGCAACUCGAGGGUAAAAAUCAGUUGGACACCCGCCGCGAGCAGCUCAGCAAUAUUGACAAGAGCUCACAAUUGUAUUUGGAGAAACUCUGGAAAUUGGCGAGAAAAUAUCGAGAUAAAUUUCAAAACCUCAACGAUAUGAUCGACUUUGUUAAAGAGCAAGCACAGGGGAACUUUCAUGAGUAUGUGGAUACUGUGUUCACAGCACAUCGAGUGUCUCGACACGGAUACGAUGAAGAGGCUCCCACUUGGGAUUAUCUCAACUCGGUCUUUUUUGUCACCACAAUGCUCACGUCGAUCGGUUAUGGCUAUGUAGUGCCGAAUACAUUGGGUGGACGGCUCUUCUGUGUUUGCUAUUGUUUGAUAGGCGUCCCACUCACUUUGGUAACCGUAGCAAAUGUGGCCAAAUUCAUCUCGGAGACUGUCUUUCUCCUUCAUUAUGAAAUCUGGAAAUCGUGGAUGAAGUGGAAGAAUCGAAGUCGUUCACAUGAAGCUCUCCUUGGACCGAUGUUUGCCGACGAUGAAAAUGAAGAGGAAAUCCUCGACCGAGUGAAACUUGUUCGUUUUCCUCCUGUGAUCACCUUCAUUUUUGUCAUCUGUUAUGGACUGCUGGCGGCUUAUGUGAUAAUGCGAAGUGAGAAUUGGACCUACGUUGAGUCUUGCUACUUUAUGUUUAUCUCGAUCUUGACAGUCGGUUUUGGAGAUUUUCGUCCCUCAAGCGGAAAUCUCGUCCCGGUGCUUUUCUUGGUGCUGGGCGGAGUGAUUUUGACGACAAUGUGCAUGGAUGUGUUUGGGCGGAUGUAUCUCAAAGAGAUUCACUACUUGGGUCGGAAGUUGAAAAGCAACAAUCCGUUUUAUUUGAUUCGAGAAGCAAAAGCCAGACGAAGACGAGCAGCGAUGGCUUCUUUAUUAGCUCAGCUAGCGAAAGGAAUGAUUUUUGCUCACAAAGAUUACACGGAAUUAUCGAGAGGAAGUCGAAAGAAAAAGAAGCGAUCACACAAGAGAAAGGGCAGCCAUGUCUUGCCUCACGAGAAGUUCAUGUUCGCUCGUUUACCGCCAGAUCCACCGACGGAUUGCCAGGUCGUUUCCACGUCAGCUUACUCGGUUCGCUUGGCGUGGGCUCCCGCGUUUUCCACCGAUGAAGAUGUCACAUACAAUAUCAGAUAUCGACUCAAACACAAUUCUGAGGGUAAAGUGUUGGAGUUGCGAGGGAUCAAGGGACAUACAGCCGAGAUAAUGAGUGUCGACUCGUGUUCUCUUUAUGAGUUUCGAAUCACCGCUUGUAGUCGAUUUGGAGAGAGUAAACCGAUCUACUUGGUUCAGUACACAGAACCCCAGCUGAGUCCUCAGCACAUUUUGGCGAUGAAAAUCAACGCGAACACCGUUGAGUUGACUUGGGAACCGCCUUAUAAAAGAACUUAUGAUGUAAAGAACUACAUCGUUUAUUUCACCGAGAAUCCGAACGCGAACCUCAGCGAAUGGGACAAGAUCCCGGUGAACGGGCGAAGGGUGGUGUUCCCGGAUCUUCGCUAUGAUUGGUUCUACAUGUUUUCGGCGGCCGCCAUUUUCAAGGAUGGACAGCGAUCUCCCCUUUCGAGGGCACUCUUUGUUAAAACUGAUAAAUUGGAAUUUCAUCCUGCAUGUGUCGGUCAAUCGAGAACCGUCGAAGUGAUGGAGUCACUCUUUGAACGAGAAGAAACCGAAACGACAGCUCUUCUCAAAAGAGAUUAUGUCUCUUUUGCUUGU